AUGCCGUUUGGACUAUCCAAUACACCGAGCACAUUCAUGCUGGUGAUGAACCAAGCCCUUCGACGGUUUAUUGGUAAGUACGUUGUUGUAUACUUCGAUGACAUAUUGGUGUACAGUGGGUCGGAGGAGUCUCAUGGUGUGCAUCUAAGGGAAGUCCUUACUGUUUUACGCAAGGAGAAGUUCUUUGCAGCCACUAAGAAGUGUGUGUUCUAUACCGAUAGUGUUUUAUUUUUGAGGUAUGUUGUGUCAACGGGUGGGGUAACGGUGGAUGCAGCUAAGGUUGAUGCGAUUUGGCAGUGGCUGUGUCCACAGUUAGUUUCUGAUGUGCGGAGUUUCCACAGUUUGGCGCCGUUUUAUCGACGAUUUAUUCAGCACUUCAACACCAUCAUGUCUCCCAUUACAGAGUGCAUGAAGGAGAGUAAGUUUCAGUGGACACCCGAGGCUGAGAAAGCGUUUUUGAUCAUUAAGGAGCGUCUGACUUCAGCCCCGAUACUUGCGUUGCCUGAUUUCACAAAACCUUUUGCAUUACAUUGUGAUGCCUCUAAAUUGGGUAUCGGAGCUGUCCUCGGUCAGGAAGGAAAACCAGUAGCUUAUUUCAGUCAGAAGUUGGUAGGGGCUCGUGGGAGGUAUAGCACUUACGACGCAGAGCUUUAUGCUAUUGUUCAGGCCAUUCGCCAUUGGCGACAUUAUCUGUUUCAGCGAGAAUUUGCCUUAUACAGUGAUCAUGAAGCCCUCAAGCAUUUGUCAAGCCAGGAAUCUAUAUCUGCCUGUCAUGCAUCAUGGGUUGCCUUUUUGCAGCAGUUCAACUUUGUCAUUAAACAUCAGGCUGGUUCUUCUAAUCGUUUAGCAGAUGCGCUCAGUCGGCGGCAUGGUUUACUGCAGGGGCCCCAUUUCUGUUUUCUGUUAGAGGACGGGUAUAUGUUUAGAGGUGUUCAGUUGUGUAUACGAGAUUGUAGCCUUCAUCUGAAAUUGAUUGAGGAGUUUCAUAGUGAAGGUCAUGUUGGGCGAGAUCGUACUUUGGCUUUGAUUAGCGCUUCAUUUUUCUGGCCUACUAUGAAUCGUGAAGUGGAGAAGUUUGUCUCACGAUGCAGGAUGUGCCACGUGGCAAAGGGGAAAGCCAUAAACGCUGGUCUUUAUCGACCCUUACCAGUGACUUCAGCUCCGUGGAUUGAUAUUAGCAUGGACUUUGUCCUGGGUUUACCGCGCACACAACGUGGUAAUGAUUCCAUCUUUGUGGUGGUAGAUCGUUUUUCUAAAAUGGUGCACUUCAUUCCCUGCAAGCGCACCACUGAUGCUAUCAAGGUUUCUCAGCUAUUUUUUAGAGAGAUUUAUCGGUCGCAUGGGUUGCCCACUUCCAUCGUGUCUGACAGAGACACGAGGUUCAUCGAUCACUUUUGGUGGAGUUUAUGGAAGUCAGUUAACACGUCGCUCAAUUUUAGUAGUGCUUAUCACCCUCAAACUGAUGGGCAAACAGAGGUAGUUAAUCAUUCUUUGGGUGACUUGUUGUGGUGCUUAGUUGGGGAUAAUCCACGCUCAUGGGAUCAGCAGCUUAGCCAGGCAGAGUUUGCGUAUAAUCAUGCUAGAAAUAGAAGCACCGGUUUCAGUCCAUUCCAAGUUGUGUAUAGUAUUCUGCCCCGCAGCCCUAUUGAUUUAUUGACUCUGCCCUCUAAGACUCGGCUGCAUGGGACAGCUGUUGACUUUGUUCGUAGUUUGCAACAAGUUCACGAGGAAACACGAGCUAAUCUGCUAGAGUCCAACCGUAAGUAUAAAGAGGCGGCUGAUCGGCAUCGACGUCCUGUUGAGUUUGACGUUGGGGAUUAUGUUUGGGCGGUACUGACUAAAGAUCGAGUGCCAUCUCAUGAGCAUUCGAAGUUAUCACCUCGUACCAUUGGUCCAGUGGAAAUUGUGGAGAAGAUCAACCCCAGCACCUAUCGCCUUCGACUUCCUUCCUAUAUACGGACUUCUGAUGUGUUUAAUGUAAAGCAUCUUUUGCCAUACCAUGGAGACAACGUGGGAGAUAGUGCUAUCGGUUCUGAUUCGAGGGCGAAUCCCAUUGAUCUCGGGGAGAAUGAUGAGGUUUAUGUGGAGGAACAGGCAUUGGCAUACAUGGAACGGUUGGAUGGUCGGCUUUCAAAGAAAUUGAUCAUUUGUUAUUUCCAUUUUGUAGCUCAGCCCAUUUUGGGACUGCUGGCCAAUACGCCAGACACAAUUGAAACUACCAAUUCUCUGACCUCCUUACUGUAUCAACCAAAGCUCUCCUGGAUUCUGCAGAUCUACGCCGAAAUCCCAGCCUUGAAUAUCUUCAACCUCUCGUGA